UACGGAUACAGAUAACGAAGAAGUACUUCUUACGGGGGACGGCCUCCGAAUUGAUGCCAAGUUCGCCCGCCCUCAGCUUGCGCUUCCGAUCUUCUCUGUCCGCCUCUCUUGAUCACGUCUUCCCUUGAGCAAUGCAGAUUCAACCUAUAUUCUCAGCCGGCUUCGGCUAUGGAAUCGUCAUCGGGUUAGGCGCAGCGUUUGCCAUCAUCAUGAGUAUUGUUGCGUGGGGUCUGAGCAGAUAUGCCGGCGAAACGCAAGAUUCAGAGAUGCAAAUGACUGCCAAAAAGUCCGUACGCACAGGUCUUUUGGCGGCUUCCGUUGUCUCGUCCUGGACUAUCGCUGCGACCCUUCUUACGUCAACUGCGUACGGAUACUCUUAUGGUGUCUCUGGUGGCUGGUGGUACGGUGCUGGCGCUUGCGUGCAGAUCCUGUUGUUCACAGCUUGUGCAAUCGAGCUUAAGCGUCGCGCUCCGGCUGCUCAUACUUUUGCUGAAGUUGCCAAAAUUCGCUUUGGACCAGCAGGGCACUUCACUCUUGCUUUCUAUUCGUUCUUGUACCAGUUAUUCGCCUCGGUCAACUUGCUCGUCGGCGCUGGCUCCAUUUUCUCUACUUUGACGGGAAUGAGUGCCGAUGCAGCUUGUAUGCUUCUGCCUCUUGGUGUAAUUAUUUACUCUGCCCUCGGAGGAAUCAAGUCUACGUUCCUGUCGGACUAUGUUCACACUUUGAUCAUUUACAUUAUCUUGCUCAUAUCUGUUAUCGUCGUCUAUGGCACUUCGAGCUUGAUUGGGUCUCCGGGCGAUAUGUACGAAUUGCUUCGAAAAGCAGCGCUUGCCCAUCCCAUCGAUGGCAACCAAGACGGAGAAUAUCUGACCAUGAAGUCCCUGUCUGGUGGUCUUGUGGGUGCGGUGUUCGUAGGAAGCGGCUUCUCCGCCGCUGUUGACUCGCAGCUGUUCCAGAAGGCUAUUGCAGCAAACCCAGAGAGCACCAUCGGCGGGUACCUUUUGGGAGGAACCGCCUGGUUUGCCAUUCCCUUCUGUCUCGCCAGUACUUGGGGUCUCGCGGCUGCGGCUCUCGAAAGCCAUUCCUCCUGGCCAACCUAUCCUGACCGCUUGACGGCAGCUCAGGUAUCGGAGGGAUUGCCGAUGCCAUUGGCCGCCUUGACGGUUCUUGGUAAGGGUGGUGCUGGUGCUGUUAUUGUUAUGCUGUUCAUGGCUGCAACAAGUGCUAUGAGUUCUGAGACAAUGGCCGUCACCGGGCUGGUUACCUAUGAUAUCUACCGAACUUAUAUUAACCCCAAGGCCUCUGAUAAACAAUUGAAAGCCAUUGCUCAUCUUACCGUCAUCCUUUUCGGUCUCUCUGUCGGCGCCAUUGCCUGUGGUUUCCUCCAUGCCGGGUUCUCUGUCAACUUCAUCGUCACCGCAAUCGGUAUCGUUGUCGACAGUGCCGUCAUUCCUAUGGUAUGUACGCUAACUUGGGCACGAAUGAACACCCUUGCGUGUGUUGGUGCUCCUGUCCUUGGUUCAUCAGUCGCGCUUGUAGCGUGGUUUGUGUCCACAAAGCAUUACUCCGGCGUCAUCACCAUCGACACCCUCUCUACUCUCAAACCACUGGCCUUAGGAAAUGGCAUCUCCAUCAUCGCACCCCUCUUUUUCGUACCGUUGUUGACCUUCAUCGGCGGUAACCAGAACUUUGAUUGGAACCGUCUGAAGCACGAGAUCACAGCUGUGAAAGCCCACGGCGAAGCUCAUGAACAUACGCACUCGUCUGACGACGAGGAAAAAGAAACUGACGACAAGGAGAAAGGCCAAACUAACACAACAAUCAUCAUGACAAAGGAAGGUUCAGACGAACUCGUCGAAGUUGACUUGUCCGACGAUGCCGAACGCGUCUUGAAAGCGGGACGGGCAAAGGCACUUUGGGCUGCAACAGCCAUGACGCUCAUUUUCUGCAUUUUGGUUCCACUUCCCAUGUAUUUCACUGGAUAUGUCUUUUCGAAGGGAUUUUUCACCUUCUGGGUUGUGACAAUUUUCCUUUGGGCAUUCUACGCUGCACUCACCAUCGGCAUUCUUCCUUUAUGGGAAGGCCGCUUCGGCGUCGCCGCCUUCGUCAGAGGAUUAUGGAAGGAUAUACGGCAAAUUUCUUCUCGCGCCUGAACAGAGAGUUGAAGGCGCUUUUUUUAUUGGGUUAACGAUAUUUGGAUGACGGGUUGAAAAUGUUCUGAUUGACAUAUUUUAUCUCGAUACUAGAUGACUAUGUAAU